CCACCACUGACUCGUUCCAUACAGACGUCUACGAUGACGAGCCCAGAAGGAAAUGAACUCACAGCUGCGAUCGAGCAACUCAAACUCGAGGGAAACGAAUUGUACAAGAAGAAUCAAUACGAGAAGGCAUCCUUGAAGUACACCGAAGCUAUCGAAAAGGAUCCUACGAAUCACAUCUUGCUUGCAAACCGAGCGGCUGCGUAUCUUGCAACGAAUCAAUAUGUGGACGCUGCUUGGGAUUGUCAACAAGCGAUCGCAUUGGACCCUUCGUAUGCAAAAGCAUGGAGUCGCCUUGCAGCAGCAGCUCACGCGCUGGAAUUAUGGGAACACUGCAUAGAAGCAUGGCAAAAAGCGCUCGAGUGUCUGCCUUCCGAUGAAUCCGCAAUGACGCCCGCAGACAAGGCUGUUAAGGUGCAAUUUGAAGAGGGCUUGAAAAAGGCGAAAAGUGCAAGCAGGUCAAAGGGAUCAAGUUCUCGGAUGGGUGUGGAGAAGACGGCUCGGAAGCUCCCUUGGACUGUUGCUAAGAGCCUGAUCGAAACUGGCCAACUGGACAACAGUUCGAGUGCAUGGGUUAUUGGAUCGGCUUAUCAGGAAUACAAGCAGGGUCUCGACAUGAUCAACUCUUCCAGAUUUGAGAACGGGAUGUUCUACGGAAAGCCUGACGCGCUGAUGAACCUUUGCAAUGGCAUCCUAUGCGAUGAACGCGUGUUCCAUCUCGAUAACCGCGACUUCCCCGCGAAACUCACAAGUCAAUGCAGAUUUGAGAAUGUGGCAUGUAAGGGGUGGGCUGAAGAAGGCGGCCCUGACUUGGUCAAGAAAGAAGCGGUGGAACGCCUUGCAAAGGAUGGCUGGAAUGCAACACGACCAGCCAUUGCAGUCACUCUUAGGACAUGGAUCUUCACCGCGUACUUCAGGUCAGAACUGGCUGGACACAGGCACGCUGCCCAUGAGCUCUAUCUCAACGCUCUCAACGUUUUGCAAUGGGGCCGCGAACAGUGGCCGGAUGUCCCGAAGAACGAGAGGGGGGCUGUGUUCGAACGAAGCUUCAUCCGAGGAGUCAAACGACUGAAGAUGCUUAACAUGCACAAGACGCUCGUUGGAGGCGUACCAGCGAACCCGCCAUACACAGAAGAGGACCUGGCAGAAGUGGCUCGGGACUUGAUUCAGGAUGUUGACUCUGAUCCUGUCCCAACUUGGGCAGAGGACAUUCCUGGCCAUUUCUCCGCCUCAUGGCCCUACACGAAAGCUAGUGCAUUGAGUAUCCUCGGCUGGUACCACAUGUUCAAGGCAUCCGAAUCUGAGGAAGAAAACGAACGAAUCGACCACAACCGUCAAGCAGCAGACCAUUACCAAGAGGCCGCCGACCUCUACUCCCUCGACGACGAAAACCACCCCUAUUUCCUGUGUACAGCCCUCGACUGUCUGAACAAAGUCAACGCGCCCUUGAACGAAAUCGUCCCCCUCUGCAAAGACAUCAGAGACGCCAUUCCGCAGGCGUUGGCGAUUUGGCAAGUUUCGAGUGCCGCUGCCGCACUGCCCUUGAUCAAGAAAGAGAUUACAGAGUUUGAGUUUAAAGUCAUCAUGGGUCUGGUUAAGGGUGAAUUGACGAUGGACAGUGUUGUCAAGAUGGAUCCUAUCGCUCCAGCGAAGAUGUCUGAGGGUGGAAAGUCGGCUGGUAAUUCGAAGGACACAAAAGAAGCCAAAUAAACGUACCGUCUCGUUAUGCCUGUAUUACGACGAUACAACCAGUGUUACAAUC